AUGACUCAAAACAAGAUUCUUUAUUCUGCAGAGCUAACCAAUCAUAUGAACAGAGCAGCAUACUUUGAAACAAACAAGGUACAGAUAAAGGUAAAGUCCCAGCUACAGUUCCAGCUACAGUUCUUGGGGCUAUCUCCAGUGACAGGUAUUAUCACAAGUGAAGGUUCAAGUGUUGUGGGAAGCGUUAACACCCCUUUGCAACUUGUUGGUAUUACAGGUGGUCAAAUGAUGCAAGUUCCUGCAGGAAUGCAACUGAUGCAAAUUCCAACUCAAGGUGGCGGCACUGCAACUGUCCCUUACUCUAUGAAUGCUAAUGGUGAGAUCACGUUCAGUGGAAUGCAACUCAGCCAACAAUGGUUCAGUGGUGCUCAAAUGUAUGACGGAUUUGAUGCAACUCAAGCUCCAACUCCGCAGGUCACAAAGACUGGCUAUUUCAAUAUGUCAAAUGUCUUCCAUGAUGCUAUCAAGGAAAAGGAUGAGAAUGGCAAUGAUGUCUAUCUUAUUUCAUGUCCUGCUUGUACAGCAAAUGUCAAACUUCAAGCAGACUGGCACAAUGCUAGUGAAAAUGAAGACUUGCCAGAUCUUGUUACUGAAGCAGAUCAAGGUAUGUAG